AUGGCUGAAGCAAUGCCUUAUAGUGGGGAGUCUCUUCAAUAUGACUACCCAUCCUUUCCUUUCCCUAUCCCAAUAAAGAUUUGGCACAUCGAUACCUACCCAGCACUGUCGCCCACAGGACGAGCCUCAGGCAGGACUGUUGUAAUCGCGGGAGCAUCAGGUGGCAUCGGUCGAACCACAGCAACCUCCUUCGUCAAAGGAGGCGCUGCCCACAUCGCUUUCCUAGGUCGGAAGAAAGAAGCACUGCGAGAGACACAACGCCAGGUCACGGCCACCAAUGCCUCGACUAUCUCCUCAAUCUGGGUCUGCGACAGCACCGACGCCAAGAUCCUCAACGAGAUAGCAGACAGUGUCGGGUCCUGGGACGUCCAGAUCCUCUGUGCAGGCCUCAUGCCUGGCCCAUCACCUAUCGAGGCUGCGCCGCUGAACGACUGGUGGAGCGCCUUCGAGACAAACGUCAAGGACGCCUUCAUCACGACGCAAGCACGCCAAUAG